UUUGUCACAUCUGCCAGAGAUAUUAACAACAGUCACACACCCUGCUUUUCUUCCUCCUGCUGAAUUUCGCUCUUUGUGUGACUUUGCCGCUGAUGUGAUCUGUGUUAGCGUUAGCCGUUAGCUCGGCCCGCGGUUGGAGCGUUGAUUCCGGCCAUGGCUGCCCGGGGGAGCUUCUCCUUCAAGGUGGUUCUUCUUGGGGAAGGCUGUGUGGGCAAAACGUCGCUGGUGCUGCGGUACUGCGAGAAUAAAUUCAACGACAAACACAUCACAACGCUACAGGCAUCCUUUCUCACAAAGAAGCUCAACAUCACAGGAAAAAGGGUCAACUUGGCCAUAUGGGACACAGCAGGUCAGGAACGUUUCCACGCCUUAGGUCCAAUCUAUUACAGAGACUCAAACGGAGCCAUACUAGUGUAUGAUGUCACAGAUGAAGACUCCUUUCAGAAGGUAAAGAACUGGGUGAAAGAGUUGAGGAAGAUGUUGGGAAAUGAGAUUUGUUUAUGUAUAGUAGGUAAUAAAAUAGAUUUGGACAAAGACAGGCAUGUUUCAGUGGAUGAAGCAGAAAGUUAUUCAGAGUCAGUGGGGGCCAAACAUUACCACACAUCAGCCAAACUCAACAAAGGCAUCGAGGAGCUGUUCCUGGACCUGUGCAAGCGGAUGAUGGAAACUGCUCAGGCUGAGGAGAGACUGAAGGGCAACGGCUCCAGCCAAUCAGCAUCGAGUAGGCGGGGUGUACAGAUUGUUGACGAUGAGCCACAGGCCAUGCCUGCUGGUGGCUGCUGUUCCUCUGGCUAAAGCGCUAACAUGCUCAUACGUGACUUCAGACAUUCACACAAAUGUGUCUGUUUGUUCAGCCCCAAAGGAUCAUGGGAAAUCUGAUAAAUUUCCUCCAGAAAUGGUGUUACAUUAUAGCACUUUAAUGACAAAAUGUCCUCUAAUAAAAGUUAUAACUAAAAUAUUAUGUGAUCUGGAAACUAAAAACAACCUCUGAGAAACACUAGGUUGUCAUGGCGAUGGACCACAUUCAUUAAAAGCUGAAAUAAUUUGAACAGAUUUUUUUUUUUUUGUUCUAUACACAAAAAU